AUGGCCUCGCGCCUCGAUCGCCUCGUCGUCCUGUUGGAGACGGGCAGCACCCAACUGAUUCGAAACACCGCUGCGCAACAGCUCGCAGACGUGCAGAAAAAUCACCCCGAUGAAUUGUUCAACUUGCUCACCCGGGUUGUGCCUUACUUGCGAUCCCCAUCCUGGGAUACCCGCACCGCCGCUGCUCGCGCUAUCGGAGGCAUCGUCGAGCAUGCGGACAACUAUGACCCAAAUGCCACCUUGGACCAUGUCAAGAACCAUUCCGAUGCCGACAUCAAACGCGAGGAUUCUUCGGCAAAUUCAGCUCCGGAUCAACUGCAAUUGUCGACGCUGGAUGUCGAAGCAAUCUUGACCAAUGGGAAGGAGCUACUGGGCAGUGCUGGCAAGCAAUACGAUUUCCGUUUAGCUGGUCUCAAUCCAACGGAGCGUCUGGCGGCGCAAAAGAAGACUCUGACUGCUCCGCCGCCACAAACACCAGCUGAUGGAAUGAGCAAGCGCCAGCUCAACAUGCUGAAGCGACGGAGGAAGGAAGAAUUAAAGCGCGACAACAAGAAAUUCAAGUAUGAUUUCGCAGGACGUCGUGGAAGUACCAGUGUUGCCCAGACUCCUGCCGACGACAUCAAGCCUGAAAUCAAGGCCGAGAACAGUGAGAACGGCGAUUCCGACUACUUCUCGCUGGAUCGCAAGGGUGGCGAUGAUGACUCCAAGGUCGUAUCAGAGUUCAAGGGCUUGCCAAUCCCCGAAAAGUCAACGCUCGUCUCCGAAGCAGAAGAGGAAGGAAGUGGAUGGCCAUUCGAGCGUCUCUGCGAAUUUCUCACGGUCGAUCUCUUCGACCCAGGAUGGGAGAUCCGGCAUGGAGCAGCGAUGGGUUUGCGCGAGAUCGUGCGAGUGCAUGGAGCCGGCGCUGGGAGACGAGCUGACAAGACUGCCGAAGAGAACGACCAACUCAACCGCGCUUGGCUCGACGAUCUAGCUUGCCGAAUCUGCUGUGUUUUCAUGCUCGAUCGCUUUGCGGAUUAUGUUUCAGACAACGCCGUCGCCCCCAUUCGCGAGACAGCCGGCCAGGUACUCGGCGCAGUUCUCCAAUACCUGCCGGCUUCAUCCGUUCACGAGAUCAACCGAAUUCUGUAUCGCCUGGUGAUGCAGAAAGACUUGAAAGUUUCGCGCCGCAUUUGGCACGCAUGUCACGGUGGCAUGAUUGGAAUGCGCUACCUCGUUGCUGUUCGGACAGACCUCCUCUUCCAGGAUCGAUCGCUUAUGGAUGGCGUCCUUGAAUGUGUCAUCAAAGGCCUGGGUGAUCAAGACGACGAUGUGCGAUCUGUGAGCGCUGCCACGCUCAUUCCUGUCGCUAAAGAGUUCGUCAAUGUGCGUUCGGACGAGCUAGGUCACCUCAUAAGCGUGGUCUGGGAGUGCCUGUCAAGUCUUUCAGACGAUCUGAGCGCCAGUACUGGCUCUGUCAUGGACCUACUCGCAAAACUCUGCACCUUCCCAGAGGUGCUUUCCGCCAUGAAGCAAAACGCAGCAGCCGAUCCACUACAGUCGUUUGACGAGCUCGUUCCCAGGCUUUAUCCUUUCUUGCGUCACACAAUCACAAGCGUGCGAUCGGCUGUGCUUCGUGCUCUGUUGACCUUCAUCCAUAUCGAUGGCCAAGACACCAAGGGCUGGAUCAAUGGCAAGGCUCUGCGGCUGGUUUUCCAAAACUUGCUAGUAGAGCGCAACGACGGCGUGCUCAAAUUGUCUUUGGACGUGUGGUAUGCACUUGCAGAGGCAGUGGUUGCCAAUGGGCAAGAUGUGUUCCAGCAAGAGUUCCAGCCUCAUGCUAUCCCGCUUAUAUCCUUGACAAUUCAUCCGAUCGGUAUCAGUCGUCACCCGAUCCCCAUGGAAGCAACACUUUUUGUCAAGCCCUCGGGCCAGACCUAUGCACCUCUUGCCAGCGCUCACCGACAAUCUCCCGUCAAUGGGUCUGAGCCGGCCAAGAAGAGGCGGAAGUCGGAUAAGAAAGAGAGCUCCUUGCCGCCUCAAGCAAACACUGCACACAACAUCGACGCCGCUAUCAUGCAGGGCGAUGUUGAUCUUGUAGGAGCUGACGUGAUGAUCAGGAGCCGAAUCUUUGCCACUCGUGCUCUUGGAAAAGCGAUCUCACUAUUUCCUGCGGAGCAGCGACAAGUCUUCUUCGGCCCCAGACUCCUGCCAAGUUUGAGAUCACCUUAUGGUUCCACACAGCUGUUCACGGCAAUGACGUUAGAAGGCUACGCCUCAUUCUGCUGGCAACAAGAUUCUCUGGCAGCUGACGCUUGCACUGAACUUCGGUCGCUGGUAGAAGAGGAGAGGCCUGGCUGGUACAGCGAUCUGACUAGUUAUCUGCGUAUUGCAAGAGCUCAGUGUCAGCAGCUUUUGAAUGCGUUCCAGGAACAAGGUCAUGUGCCUGGCAGCAAGCUACCUAUCAUUGCAGUAGUGUGUCAAGGCGAGCCAGAAGCUGGGAAGAACGCUUUCUCGAUAGCGGACGCGGAGAAAAUCAUCAACCAGGAUUACGAGCGGCUGAAGAAGGGCAUGUCCACUGUGCAAAGAAUGACUGCCGCUGAAGCUCUCAACACUGCCAAGCUGGACGCUGAAACCGCCAUAUCUGAUGCGCACGUGGCCCGAUCGCAAGCAGACCUUCGCAUCCGCUCAGCUGCCGCCGCCGCGCUGAUUGCCUUCCGAGCAAUCCCAAAGAAGCCGCAGUACACGAUCAAGGCAGUCAUGGACAGCGUGAAAGAGGAAGACAACGUGAAUUUGCAACAUCGAACUGCAUCGGCUGUCGCUGCUCUAAUCAGUCAGCUGGUUGCUAACGCGCGGCACAAGGUGGUGGAGAAGGUGGUCGGUAACCUGGUCAAGUUUUGCUGCAUGGAAACCGGGGAAACACCAGAGUUCCAUCCCAAUGCGGACAAGGACGUUGGCAUACUUUCUUUGCAAAAGGACGAAGACAUUCAAGAUCGGCCAGACGCUGCGAAAUACGAGCGCGAAGUCAGAGCCGCGCGAAUCACACGGCGAGGCGCUAAAGAUGCUCUUGAGCAGCUUUGCCUGGCGUUCGGCGCAGAUAUAUUCACCAAAGUGCCAGUGCUACAAGCACUGAUCGAAGGACCCGUCAAGCACUGCUUCACCGAUCAGCUGCCACCCAACAUUACGGAUCCGGAGUCUACUACUGGCCAGGAGACAGUCGAUGCAAUGUCCACCUUGCGAGCUCUCGUCGGCACCCUUGAUCCUGCGCUUCAUCCCUGGGUGCUGCACCUCUUGCCCUUUGUAGCAAGAGCAUUACAGUGCAAACUUGCUGUGCUCCGCUACACUGCUGCAAAAUGCUUUGCGAGUGUCUGCAGUGUCAUCACUGUUCAGGGCUUCACAAUGCUCGUUGAGCAGGUCAUACCCCCAAUUAAAGAUGCCCACGAGGUCGUGCACCGCCAAGGUGCGGUCGAGUGCAUCUAUCAUCUCAUCCAGGUGAUGGGCGAUGGAAUUCUACCCUACGUAAUCUUCUUGCUGGUCCCCGUGCUUGGCCGUAUGAGUGAUUCCGAUCCUGGCGUUCGUCUUAUCGCUACAACCGCUUUCGCGACUUUGGUCAAACUUGUGCCUUUGGAAGCAGGCAUUCCAGACCCGGAAGGCCUCCCACAAAGUCUUCUUGAAGGACGAGAGAGGGAGCGAAACUUCAUUUCGCAAAUGCUGGACCCAAAGAAAGUUGACGAAUUCAAGAUCCCUGUUGCCAUCAAGGCGGAGCUACGUUCUUAUCAGCAAGAUGGCGUGAACUGGCUAGCGUUCCUGAAUCGCUACAACCUGCACGGCGUCCUUUGUGACGAUAUGGGUCUCGGAAAGACUCUACAGACUCUGUGCAUCGUGGCUAGCGAUCACCAUCUCCGAGCUGAAGAAUUCGCAAAGACUCAGGCGCCUGACAUGCGCCGCCUCCCCAGUCUUAUCAUCUGUCCGCCGACACUGACUGGUCACUGGAAACAAGAGAUUCGGACGUAUGCACCAUUCCUACACGCUGUGGCAUAUGCAGGACCACCGGGAGAGCGUGGCAAAGUUCGCGAUCAGCUAGAGACUGCAGACGUGGUCAUCACCUCCUACGACAUCUCCCGGAAUGAUAUUGAUAUCCUAGCGCCCAUCAAUUGGAACUACUGUGUCCUGGACGAAGGUCACUUGAUCAAGAAUCCAAAGGCGAAAGUCACUAUUGCUGUGAAGCGGCUUGUGGCCAAUCACCGCCUCAUUCUUUCCGGCACCCCGAUCCAGAAUAAUGUACUAGAGUUGUGGUCCCUAUUCGACUUCCUAAUGCCAGGAUUCCUUGGAACCGAGAAGGUCUUCCAGGACCGAUUUGCCAAGCCGAUUGCUGCAAGCAGAUUCGCAAAAUCGUCUUCCAAGGAGCAGGAGGCUGGUGCGCUGGCGAUCGAGUCUUUGCAUAAGCAGGUUCUGCCAUUCUUGCUCCGCCGAUUGAAGGAAGAAGUUCUUAAUGAUCUGCCUCCCAAGAUUCUCCAGAACUACUACUGCGACCUUAGUGACUUGCAGAAGAGGUUAUUCGAUGACUUCACCAAAAAAGAAUCAAAGAGUCUUCAGGCUAUGGCUGGCAGUGCCGAUAAGGAGGCCAAGCAGCACAUCUUCCAGGCUUUACAGUACAUGCGCAAGCUGUGCAAUUCGCCGGCCAUGGUGAUGAAAGAGGGACACAAGCAGUAUGCAGCCAUUCAAGCGCUACUUGCUAAAGAUGGCUCAAACCUCAAAGACCCCAAGCAUGCACCAAAGUUGACAGCGCUUCGCGAUUUGCUUGUCGACUGUGGUAUCGGCGUGGAACCUACGGAUAACGGCGGUAUUCCAUCGGCGGAUCAAGCUGUGUCACAACAUCGCGCUCUCAUCUUCUGCCAGAUGAAGGAGAUGCUGGACAUGGUUGAGUCGACUGUCCUCAAGAAAUUGUUGCCAAGCGCCACUUUUGCUCGUCUAGACGGCUCAGUCGAGGCAUCGAAGCGUCAGGACAUCGUCAAUCGCUUCAACUCUGACCCUUCCAUCGACUGUCUAUUGCUUACCACAAGUGUUGGAGGUCUCGGUCUCAAUCUGACGGGCGCGGAUACUGUCAUUUUUGUCGAGCAUGACUGGAACCCACAGAAGGACCUGCAGGCAAUGGACAGAGCGCAUCGCAUCGGUCAAAAGAAGGUUGUGAACGUCUACCGCCUGAUUACGAGAGGCACACUUGAGGAGAAGAUCCUCAACCUCCAGCGGUUCAAGAUCGAUGUUGCCUCUACUGUUGUCAAUCAGCAGAAUGCGGGACUCGGCACCAUGGAGACGGAUCAGAUAUUGGAUCUAUUCAACCUGGGUGAAACGGAUCCCAACCUUGCGGUCAGCGAAGCCAAUGAUGCCAAUGGAGUUGAUGAAACGAACGCGGUUGACGCCGAGGGCAACAUGCGUGAGAAAGGCAAGAAAGGCAUGCUAGAUGAGCUGAGCGAGUUAUGGGAUGACAAGCAGUAUGAGGAAGAGUUUAAUCUCGAUGGCUUCCUGAAGACGAUGAAAGCAUGA